CAAGUUUCAACUAACACAUCCGUGUUAUGGAGUCACUUCAUCGAGUAGAAACACAACUCCCUGGUCUCCAUCAUCACCCUCGUACUAACGCCAACAGAAACAGAGUAUCCAGAUCUGUGAAGGUCUUCAACACAAGAAGACAUCAUGAAACCCCAAGAAAGUGUCUGUGUUUUGAUCUCCACGAUCAGUUGGUUCCGUACAAGAAAGCUUGGACAUGGCAACAACGCAUCGUCGAAGAGAAAAAAACAUUGAUUGAUGGAAACCAAGAGUGUCCUGAUACUGUGAUUUUAUUACAACACUCUCCUGUUUACACAAUGGGAACUGGCAGUUCAGAUGAUUAUCUCAAUUUCGACGUAAAGGAUGCUCCUUUCGAUGUGUAUCGAACUGAACGUGGUGGUGAAGUCACUUACCAUGGCCCUGGUCAGCUGGUUAUGUAUCCUAUAAUCAAUCUUCGGAAUCACGAGAUGGAUCUUCAUUGGUACCUCAGGAAGCUUGAAGAGGUUGUCAUACGUGUUCUUUCCUCUGCUUUCUCUAUUGAAGCUUCACGUAUUGAUGGUUUAACUGGAGUUUGGGUUGGUAAUCAAAAAGUGGCGGCUAUUGGUAUUCGUGUGUCGAAAUGGAUAACGUAUCAUGGUUUGGCUCUUAAUGUUACUACUGAUUUAGCACCGUUCAGUUCGAUAGUUCCGUGUGGGAUUAGAGAUAGACAAGUUGGGAGCAUUAAGGGUUUGCUUGAAGGUGGAGAACAUGGAAAGGUUGGUGAUUUGAGGUUGGUAGAUUUAGCUCAUGAGUCUUUACUUAAGGAGUUCUCUGAAGUUUUCCAUCUUCAGAUUGAAAAGCAAACAGUUUUAGAUUCUAAUAUUCUUAAAGCUGAGCCUUUCAAACUAUUUGAGUGACAAAUUUUUUUGUAACAUUAUUGUAACGUCUUUAACAUGAAGAUCUUAUUCCAUAGAAAACAGUUUGAGACAUUUUCUGCUUUUUGUAGAUUUUUUUUCUUUUGUGUGAGAUUGGUCUCUCUCUCUACGUCUCUUUCUUUUGCAAUUGUAAGGAUUUGUGAGAUGGCUUCAAAAGAAGAGUGGAUUAGGG